GGAUUUCUCAUUAUCCCUGUUCUUUCCCUUUUCGGAGGCAGCUGGGCAGACUUUAAUAGAUUACAUUCAGGAUUUCAGAUUGUUAACAGCAACGGAGGGUUCUGCUUGGAGAGGCGAACGUACAACUGAAAGUCCUGGGAAGCUGUUUUGAGCCUUUUUUUUAGGUGGACCCAAUCUUCAGUGGGAAAAGUCUUCCUUCCAAAAGAAAAAGAACAAACACACAACUUUUCCCCUUUGGUCUUUUAAGCCCUUACUGCUUCUUCCAAGGUUGACGCUUCUCCUUCUCUGACCCGAUCAGCCACCAAGCCACAUCCCCAUGGAUGAAUGGGAAGCCCCUCAGUGGAAGAAGGAAGUCGAAAGCCUUAAGUACCAGCUGGCUUACAAGCGGGAGAUGUCCUCAAAAACGAUCCCCGAAUUUCUUAAGUGGAUAGAAGAUGGCAUUCCAGAAGAUCCAUUUCUGAACCCAGAGCUGAUGAAGAACAAUCCGUGGGUGGAAAAGGGGAAAUGCACCAUCCUCUAACCCAUUGCCUCCCAAAAUUUCGUCCACGAUAAAUAAAAAUAGCUUCCUUUGGAGAUACUCAAAAUUGCAUGAAAACUUAAUGUAUAAAGUUUUUAUUUUAGUUCCUCACUAUGGCUAAACUCACACUUUUACCUCCC